AACAUGGUGCAACUGUUUCCUCAAAUUUCACCAAAAAAAUUACCCACCUGGUAGUCACAGACGAAGACUAUCGAAAGAAUAGUUCAAAAGUUUUGGCUGCAAAGAAUAAAAAUGAUGUAUCCAUUGUAACUUGGGAUUGGGUUCAAGCCUCUAUCAACGAAAAAUGUAAAAAAAAUGAAUUGGAUUAUGUCCCUUCUGAAGCUCCCAGCGAUGAAAUAGAUAUGAAUGACGCGACCAUCAAUCCUGGGAAACACAAAAUUGAUAAUACUCCUGAAUCUGAAGAUGUUACUCCUUCACGUAAAAAAAGACGUGCUGCCAAAAGUUCAACUACUUGUGAUUCAGUUAAUUUAGUUACUUCAGUUAAUUCAGUUACAACUAUCACCGUUAAUGACCAAGUAGGUGAUGUUACUCAAGUCGUUGAAGAAAAAAAAAUGGUCAAGAUCAUUAAGAAAGGCAAAGCACCUGUCGAUGAAUUAUUUCAAAUGAAGGAUUCGUAUCAUGUAUUCUCUAAUAGUCAAGCUACUUGGGAUUGUCUUCUCAAUCAAACGAAUGCAGGCGCCAACAAUAAUAAAUUUUUUAUUAUUCAACUCUUGGAAUCUGAUUCUGGUGGCAGCUACUAUGUUUAUUCAAGAUGGGGUAGAGUUGGAUAUGAUGGUCAACAUGCCAUGUUAGGCCCAUGGACUUCUUUAGAUAUGGCUAAAUCCGAGUUCGAAAAGAAAUUUCGUGAUAAAACUAAAAAUAGGUGGAUGGAUGUUUGCCAAGAUCAAUCAAAUUUUAAAGCUGUGAAAGGAAAAUACACCUUAUUAGAACGUGACUAUGGAGAUGACGCGGUUGAUGCCUCAACUAAAAAUAAUGCUGAUGUGCCACCACCUCCCAUCCCUGAAUCAAAACUUCAUCCCAAGGUCCGGGGCAUAAUUCAAAUGAUUUUUGAUGUUAACCUAUGGAAUGAUACCAUGGUUGAGUUAAAUUAUGACGCGUCUAAAUUACCAUUGGGUAAACUUUCCAAAAGUACGAUUACUCGAGGUUAUGAAAUUCUUAAAAGUAUUGAGGCUGUAUUGACUAACAAAGAGGAUGGUGACCUUGUUGAGCUUUCAAACGACUUUUAUACCGUUAUUCCUCAUAAUUUUGGUUUUAAUAAACCACCAAUCAUCAAUAAUAUUACGGUUCUUAAAACAAAAAUGGCAAUGGUAGAAGCUUUAGGUGAAAUUGAAAUCGCUAGUUCAUUAAUUAAGAAUGCGGAUAUAACCAAGAAUCCAUUAGACGCAAACUAUGAUUUACUUGGUUUAGAAAGAAUGGUACCACUUGAUCAUGAUUCUGAAGAGUUCAAACUCAUACUUAAAUAUUUAAAGAACACGCAAGGUGCUACGCAUCACACUAAAUUAGAAAUUCUUGACGUGUUUGAUAUUGAACGCCAAGGUGAAAUGGAGCGAUACAAGACGCACUCAAAACUUCAUAAUAGGAUGUUAUUAUGGCAUGGUUCUAGACGUACAAAUUUUGUGGGCAUUCUAAGUCAGGGGCUGAGAAUUGCACCGCCGCACGUUCCUGUCAGUGGAUACAUGUUUGGAAAGGGUGUUUAUUUUGCUGAUUGUGUGUCUAAAUCUGCGAAUUAUUGUUACGCGCACUAUGGUGAUAAGAUUGGAUUUAUGUUGUUAUGUGAAGUUGCAUGUGGUGAUAUGUUGGAGCUUGUAAGUAGUGAUUAUGAUGCUGGUGAAAAGGUUAAAAAGCAAGGUAAACAUUGUACUAAAGGCCUGGGCCAAAUCGUUCCUGAUCCAAAAGAAGCUGUUUAUUUAGAAAACGGAACUAUGGUUCCCUGUGGAAAAGGAAUGCCUGCAGAUACUAGCAAAUUUUUGUACUAUAACGAGUAUAUUGUAUAUGACGCAAGCCAGAUUUUCCAAAAAUAUCUGCUUAAGGUCAAAUUUAGCAAUUAA